CUCUCUUAUAGUUAAAUUAUGUUAUUACCUUUAAAUUUGUUAAAAUUAUAUUACAAGGGAAACCAAAACAAAACCCUAGAAGGGAACCCAUAAUGGAAGGCGAUGAGCCAACGACGCUAAUGUGUACGGUGGUGGCCAUAGAUCAUACCAAUUUCUGUUACAGAGUCUGCUCAAUCUGCGACAGGACACUACCUGAAAUCACCAACACCAGCACCAACACUUCUUCUUCUUCUUCGUCUCUUCCACUCUGCAAAUACUGCAAUUUCAACAAUGCAAUCAACCCUUCUCGCUCCACUUCCAAACGCCUCUUUCGCAUCCUCAUGUCUAUAGCAUCAGAUACAAAGGUGUUCGUGGUGAUUAUGUUUGAUAGGGCUGCUAGGGUUCUGUUUGGUUGCUCUGCUGAUGAGUUCUUUGAUUUUGCCAAGCUUCACCCUUUUACUGCUGAGACUGCUGCUAAAGUCCUAGAGGGAGAAAUGUUGAGAGUGACACUAUCAAAACCAAAGAAUGGUAACGCACAGCAUCAACGAGUUGUAGCUGUUGUUCCUUUGCGCUCUGGUUUCCGACCUGCAAUUGAGACCUUGAGGGAAUUGUAUGGAGUAACAGUUGGUUCAUAACCAUGUUAUUAUUCAAAUUGUAUGCUGCAAUGUAGUUCCAACAGAUCUUUUUUUGUUGAGCUUUUUCGACAUAACAUCAGAAACAGUUUUGAGUAAAAAAAAAAACUACUUAAACAUCAUGUCCAGAUUAUUGACUCUG